UCAGUGGUGUCAAUUCAUUAAGGAAAGGGUAUGUGUUAAUUGGUCAUCAAUUUAUUUUGUUUUGGUUUUGGAGCUAAAGAAAAUGUCGUCCAAGAAGAGGAGAAGAAAGGAAGAGAAACCCACGAUCCACCCAAAAAACAAAUACUCCGAUAACCCUCCCGAUUUCGCUCUUUUGGCCUCUUUAUACCCUUCCUUUAAACCCUUCGUCUUCUACAACCGCGAUGGCCGGCCCAGAAUCGACUGGACCGACUUCAAUGCCACCCGUGAACUCACCCGCGUCCUCCUCCUUAAUGACCACGGCCUCCAUUGGUGGAUUCCCGAUGGGCAGCUCUGCCCUACGGUGCCCAAUCGAUCCAAUUACAUCCACUGGAUAGAAGACCUCCUCUCUUCUGAUAUUAUUCCCAGAGCUAACGGCAAAGGAGAUGUUGUGAGAGGAUUUGAUAUAGGGACUGGAGCCAACUGUAUCUACCCUCUUCUUGGUGCAUCGCUUCUGGGCUGGAAUUUUGUUGCAUCAGAUGUGACUGAUGUAGCUCUAGAUUGGGCAGAGAGAAAUGUUAAAAACAAUCCCAAUAUUUCAGAAUUAAUUGAGAUUAGAAAAGUUAAAUGUUCUCGAACCACCCUCACUCCUGAGGGUUUAAAUAAUGGCGAGCCUAGCUAUUCUGAGGAUGUAGAAGGUCUCCCGUCUUUUACGCUUGAUAGGUUAUCAAGUGAAGAUAAGAGUUAUAAUGGACCUGCUGUACUUGUUGAUGUCGUAAGGGAUGGCGAGACCUUUGACUUCUGCAUGUGUAAUCCCCCUUUUUUUGAAAGCAUUGAGGAAGCAGGAUUGAAUCCGAAAACUUCCUGCGGUGGGACAUAUGAGGAGAUGGUCUGCCAUGGUGGAGAAAAGGCUUUCAUUACACGUAUUAUCGAAGAUAGUGUUGUGUUGAAGCAGUCUUUCCGGUGGUAUACUUCAAUGGUUGGAAGGAAAGUGAAUCUCAAAUUCCUUACGUCAAAGCUUCGAGAGGUCGGAGUCACUAUAGUAAAAACAACUGAGUUUGUCCAAGGCAAAACAUGUCGAUGGGGACUUGCUUGGUCCUAUGUGCCUCCCGUGAAGAAAAUAAUUACACCUCAUGUGACUGAAAAGAAUAUUCUCUCUUUCAUGCUUGAGGGUAUUCAACGCCAGUUUAGUGCAAUACAUAUACUUCAAUCAGUUGAGUCCUUUUUCCAAGCUGUUGGAGCAUCUUGUAAAUUGAAUGCCACUUCUUUUACGGUUGAUAUUACUGCAUCAUCUGAAGACUGCAAUGCUCUCCUAAACAAUGAAGUAAAGCAUCGUGAUGAAGCUUCUAGUUGCAGCAAUGUAGAAGAGGCACCCUCAAACCUGUCUUUCCGUGUUUCGGUAUUUCAGCAAAUCCCAGGCACAUUACUUGUGAAAGGAUCAUUACAGAAUAGAGAUAACCCACUCUCAGGAUUGUUCUCCUCAAUAAUCCAACAGCUUGAGGCUUCCCUCAGACAUAAAUUUUGCAGAGAGAAGGCUGGCACCAAUUAUAUAUAGGCUUCUAUUCACCCUAUUCAGCAAUGUAGCACUUAGAUUUUAGGAACCAUAUCAUCUCCUCCCAUAAAACUGUCAAUGUCCUAUCUUUUAGAAGGGUUCGAAAGUCGAAAC